AUGACGGUGUUUGUCCUUCUUUUGGUUGUUGCUGGUGCUUGUCCUCCGGAAUGCCGAUGCGACAGUCGAAAACGAGUUUACUGUAAUGACCGCGGUCUACGUUCUCUGCCCAGCGGAAUUCCAACAGAUACACAGAUUCUCUAUCUUCAAGACAAUUUACUCGAGUCCUCCAGCUCACUCAACGAAGGAUUAUUGAAGCUGACGGAGUUAGAAGCGCUCAUGAUUUACAAAAAUCGUCUGACUGAGAUACCUUCGCUCAGAUCUGACACUCUGCGCACAUUGAGACUGAACACAAACAGAAUCUCUAAAAUUUCCGACGACGCAUUCAUGAAAACUCCUUCGCUUCGAGAACUUAUCCUAGACGACAAUGUCUUGACUACUUUUGGAAUCUCGUCGCUCAGUUUCCGUGGUCUGAAGAAGCUCUCGAUACUUUCGAUGAAUCAAAAUAGCUUCACCGAGUUUCCGCAAGAACUUCCCGAGAGUCUAUCCGCUCUGUACUUGGCACAGAAUCAAAUAAGCUUCAUCUCGAAUAGGUCCACGGCGCGAUUAACUAAUUUGACAGUCCUGAGUUUGGCGGAAAACAAACUGUCAGACGGUAGCUUCGAGGAAAACACAUUGAAGAAUCUCCGUCAGCUGAAGGACCUACGCCUUGGGCACAAUUUCUUCUCCUCAAUGCCACCAGAUCUUCCACGAAGUCUUACUGAGCUCUCGCUUAUCGCAAAUCAGAUCAUGACUCUCAAGGCUGACAGUUUAAAAAGCUUCCAGUCUUUACGAUCACUUGAUAUUGCCCAUAAUCGCUUGCAAUGGUGCGGAAGCGAAAGCAUUGAGCUCGGAACUCUCGUUGAAGAUGCACUCGUUUGCGAAGCAAUCAAGCCCAACAUCAGCGUCAUAGAAAAUCUCGCCUCGUUACAGUUUAGUCUUUCGGGGAAAGAAUCGCCUCCUAUGUCAAACUACGAGCUGCAUUACAAAGAACUUUCAUCUAAUGUAACUAACGCCGUGGUUAUCAAUCCAGAGGAGAACCUUCAGCUGGAACUUUCCAAUGGCCUUUGGCAGUUCUGCAUUUUGAACAAUUUUCUUAGUUCAAACUUGUCAAUUGAAGAUUGCUCAACGAUUAGUAUUGGGCAGCCAGCGCCUUCAACGGGGCAAGGAGGGAAUGCAAGCGAGAACAAUGUUGGUCCCGAAGCUCUUAUGGCGAUUGUAAUUGCAGUAAUUGCCAUUGUUUCGAUUGUCGUCCUCGUUGUUUUCAUCACCUGUCGACGAAAGCAAUAUUCCCAGAUGAAGUACCUGUCCAACACGGACCAUUUCUAUUGCCCAAAGCGAUUCAGCCCAAAUCAAACUUCCACCAAGGCCAAGACUAACGCAAAGGAGCUAACACUUGACGCCUCGAAAGAGUUUGCUGUAACAUUGAUGCUGCGGCAGCCGCCAGAAGACAACCGAUUCUACAAAGUGGAUUCAAACGCAUCCGAUGUUUAUGACACUGGCUACAGUGGCAGUUCUCGCCAAGACAGCAGUCUAUUCAUAUAA